AAGCGACGGCGGCCGGUGGCAGAGCCAGCCGCGGGAUAAACGCGAACUCGUCGCGAGAAAAAUUCGGUGGAAAAUCCCUCUCCACCCCCCGGUCGGACCGAACCGCCAGAUUAUCUCCCUCGUUGCUUUGCUUGCAGUUGCCGUCGCCGCUGCAGCGACCGGAGGAAGAAGGGCCAGGGGAGGAGGAGAAGAGUCGGUGGUUGAUUGGUGGAGUGAAGAGGAGAGGUGGGUGGGGAGAUGGAGCGGAAGGUGGUGGCGGUGUGCGCGGUGGUCGGGUUCCUCGGCGUCCUCUCGGCGGCGCUCGGCUUCGCGGCGGAGGCCACCCGCGUCAAGGUUUCAGAUGUUCAAACAACUACUCCUGGUGAAUGCAUAUACCCAAGAAGCCCAGCCUUAGCGCUGGGGUUAAUAUCUGCCGUCUGUCUUAUGCUUGCGCAGUCUACUAUAAAUACGGUUGCUGGUUGCAUCUGUUGUAAGAGGCAUCCUGUUCCAUCAGACACUAACUGGAGUGUAGCUCUGAUCUCAUUUAUCAUAUCAUGGUGCACUUUCAUAAUCGCAUUCCUUCUCCUGCUGACUGGAGCUGCACUGAAUGAUCAGAGAGGUGCAGAGAACAUGUACUUUGGGAGCUUCUGCUACGUGGUGAAGCCAGGGGUCUUCUCCGGUGGAGCAGUGCUAUCUCUUGCCAGCGUGGCACUUGCGAUAGUUUACUAUGUCGCUCUGACAUCAUCAAAAAGUCCUCCGCCGACAUUAGCAACCCCUCAGAACCAAGGCAUCGCAAUGGGCCAACCUGUGAUCCCGCAGCAGAGCAGCGAGCCCGUGUUUGUCCAUGAGGACACUUACAAUCGGCAACAGUUCCCGUGACAUUGAUCUUCGUUUGUUCUGAUGGUCACUCUGAUUGGUGACCUUAUGGUUUUAUGCUGGGUCUGUAUAGGGUUGCAGGUUAGAACAAUAGCAGUCAGAAUUGUUGUUAGCUAGAUUAAGGGUUUUCUUGCCCUUGCUUAUCGAGCACUGUUCCGCGGCAUGCCUGUUUCAUCGCUACGGAUGUUUGAUUUUGAAUGAACUGGGUAAAUGUUGAACGAGCUUGUUUGCAAAUGUGGGAGGUUCUACAUGA